AUGGAUGCCUUCGAGCAGAUGGAGUUGCAGAGGCAGCGCGAGUCGAGACAAAGAAUAGUCGACCGCUUCCUUCGGCUGAUCCUGGUGGGUUUUCUUCUGGAUGCCCUCAAAGGAGGUGAUGCUGAUGGUGCCAAAGAUGAGCGGAAAAAGAAAAGUAGCAGCAAGAGCUCUGGGUCCGAGGGCCUCAGCGUGAAGUCCCUGAAAGAGAAGGCCAACACUUAUGGCGGUCCAGCAAUUAUGCUGGCGUUCAUCAUAGCAAUGCUUGCAAUUCGUGCUGCAGAGGAAGGCUACCAUCCAGCCGAUCACGACGAGCACGAGUUCAACUACUACGAAGUCAUGGGCUUGACCAAAGGUGUAGACCAGAUGGAGAUCCGAAAGGCAUACAAGGCGCUUGCCCUCAAGUAUCACCCCGACAAGAAUCCUGACUGCUCCGAGUGUGCGGAGAAGUUUGGGAAGAUCUCGAAGGCCUAUGUCUGGAUGACUUUGAAAGAUGAAGAGUCUGACAUCCAAUCCACUCUCUCAGAUGCUCCUCCUGAUUGGAACUCUGAUGACGAGCCGCCAGACGAUCACGUGGGCGAUGAAAAUACGUGCAGCCGUGAUGGUGCUGUGAGGAAAGUAAUCCAGAAGGUAGGCAAAGGUUUGGAGCGGCCUGGCCAAAAUGACAUAAUCACCCUUAGCUUUUCUACUCUUCAACUGGAUGGCUCUGAUUCUCUUCCCAGCCUGAGUAACACAACAGUGGAGAUGGGAACCAAUAAGCUGCCCAUGGCCGUGGAAUUUGCUGUGAAGCACAUGCGUGUGGGAGAAGUGUGUGAAGUUCGGGCUCCGGCUGUCUACAGCCUUCAGACCUCGCCAUUGUGCGGACGCAGCCUACGAACACAGCCAGGGGUCUUGCCCAAGACGGACAAGGUGAAGAGGAGAUAUCGAUUUCUGCCCGCUGCACCAAGAAGUGUUUCAGAACAGGCAAAGAAGGACCUGUUAAACUUUCGGAAGGCAAAGCAGGAGGCGACUGAGAAAGGCGAAGCCUUUGAUGCAACUUCACCGCCGAUGUUUCGUGCCAGUGUUGAGCUGCUGAGCAUUACCUGCGUCUUGGCACUGACAGAAGACCGUAGCGUCACCAAGAGGAUCUUGCAGAAAGGCUCCUCAAGACGUCAGCCAAGAAGGGGCGAUGUGAUUACUUUUUCCUACACCAUCCAUGGGGAUGACAAUGCAAGGAGUGAAACUUGCACGCUGACCCUGGGGAAGGACAAGCUUCCAUUCAGCGGUCUGCGUCAUGUUCUCCUUUCCAUGAAGGAAGAAGAAUGUUGCCUUGCGCGAUUGAGCUCUACUGCUGCAUUGCCAGAGGGAGAGGAUUUUUCAGAGACGCACGAGCCUCUGCUGGUCAGCUUAGAAGUCACGCUGCUGCGCUGGCGAAGACGGGAUCUGCUUCCGGUGGGUGAGGUACAUCUGGACGUCAGGGUGAAUACUUGGUUUGGUGACUUCUACGACUUGCUGCAAAAGGCUCUUUCCAAAGAGGGCGACGUUUCCCGUGAGGAAGUCUAUGGCUUUAUCUUCACCUUCUCACGUAUCGCAGGAAUUUACAUCGUCGUGGCUGUGCUCUUGGCCUUCUUCACCAAGCACUGGACAUUCCGGUGGCGGCAGGCAAUGAACGACUACUACAUGAAGCAUUGGCAGGUGCUGCGACGAACUGAAGGGGCAAGUCAGAGGGUACAGGAAGAUACUAGUCGAUUUGCCAUUAUGGUUGAAGGCAUCGGUGCGUCCAUGCUUCAAUCUGUCUUGACACUUGUUGCCUUCCUACCAAUCCUUCUGGAGCUAUCUGCUCAAAUUCAUGAGCUUCCUUUGAUCGGAGAAGUUUCAAAUGCCAUGGUGAAAGCUACCAUUGUCUGGGCCUUGCUCGGCACUGUGGGCUUGGCGCUCAUCGGCAUUCGACUUCCUGGGCUCGAAUUUCAGAAUCAGCUGGUGGAAGCUGCCUUCCGCAAGGAGCUGGUAUAUGGUGAAGACGACCAGCAACGUGCAGAACCGGAUGUUGUGACAGACCUAUUUCAGGCAGUUCGUGACAGUUACUUUCGGCUUUACUUCAAUUUCAUGUAUUUUGAUGUUGCCAAGUAUUCUUACUUGCAAUUUGGCGUUGUUUUGCCCUACAUCAUCCUGGUGCCGUGCAUCUCCAAAGGUGGGAUCACGCUGGGGUCUUUGCAACGACUUGUUGGCGCUUUCAACAAUGUGGAGCGAUCCUUUCAAUUUCUGGUCCGGAACUGGGGACAGAUAGUAGAUCUCCUCUCAGUCUACAAGAGGCUGAGACAGUUCAGCAAAAGCCUAGCUGAGGAAAGGGGAGACUGGGGCUUGCGACUCUCUGCACUUUGCGGCUACGAUGUGACUUGCCUGAGUGAAACAUUGAAAGAAGAGAAGCUGGAUUUGACCAAUAAUCUUUUUCCCUGCCAGGUUGAUACGCCAGCUGGUGGAGGUUCUGACGCUUGUGCUCUACUGAAAACCGAAAUCCGCCAGGGCCCAGAGCGCAGAAGCCAUGACGUUGAGGCAGGAAGCAUGGUCUUGGCAGCAAUGGUCAUCGGUGAAGGAGAAGCAUCUCUGCUAUCCUGGAGGGUUGGUGAAGGAGCUGUGCCCGGCUACAUGGACGUAGCAGUUGCGAGCAUGCGCUUUUGUGAGAGUGCUGCUUUUGAAGCCUCCCAAAUCGUGCAAACCUGUCGUCCAGUAGGUCCGAGCUACGAAGGGCAAACGCCAUUGCGAACCCUCAAAGUGAGUGCCCUUGACCCAUGGUUGGUCGACUUGUUGAAGGAGCAGGAGGUCGCUGAAGAUUCACCCAAAGAAGGAGCUUCAGCGCAACCGUUGCCCAUUCCGGCUGACUGGACCAUGCAGGGCGAAGUGAAGAGCUGGAGUGAUCUCAAGUUGUCAAAAGAUGGCUGCUUCAAGCUUGUCUUUCUGGCAGCCACAGAAGCUGUUGAUCUCUGCCUGCUGGAAGAAGACGGGCAGUUGCAUUUCUUGGAGCUUGAAAGGGCGCACGGCAAUGCCCUGGCGAAAGUGGGCCGCUUCGAGGAAGCCUCUGAGGCCUACCGACGAGCGCUAGAUGCAGUACGGCAUGGCUCGCUGUACAAGGCACUCUUCCCGACCGAGAGAGGCCAUAUUCAAGGAGCCUACUCACGUGAGGCAUUUGAAGGUGAGCAUCCCUUGGAGAGAAUGUCUGAAGAGGAGGUUUCAACGCGGCGCGGCCAACUGGUCGCCCUGCACUUGAACCUCUCUCUUUGCGCGACCAAGGCAGAAGCCCAGGCUCGUUUGGAGCAGGGCGAUGAGGAUGCACGUUUUCUACUUGGAGUAGAGGUGCCAGACAGCUGGAAGGGCGGGACUUUGCCGCCGAUGCGAAAUGCAUUGGACCCUGCCACAAGAAGUUUUCCAGCUCGGCAAGACCUGGCAGAGUACCUGCAGCCGUUGAGACUGGAGGUCACUGAGCCCUUCGAUGUUCGGGUUAGACUCUUUGCUUUUCCUGGGGCUGGUGAUAGUGUAGCAGCUUGGGUUCAAUUCGUCAACAAGGUUCCACCAUGGAUCGACGUUGCCAUUUUUGAACGACCUGGGCAUGGACAGCGCUCCUCUCAGCCACUUGCGAAAAUGUUGGUGGACGAAGCCAAGGAGGCAUUUGAAGCGCUAGCCAGUGUUUUGGCACCCCAUGCCAAGGGAGGCAGCUUUGAAGGCGCUCCGUUCGCUCUCUUGGGGCAUUCCAUGGGAUGCCAGCUGAUGGCUGAGGUUGCUCUGCUGCUGAAGAGAAAUCUGGGCCUUGAAGCAGUGGCACUCUUUGCGUUGGACCGUGGAGCUCCACACAUUCGACUCUACAGCGACGAAGGUUACCGUCUGCUAUGUGAGGAUGAGCCACUGGAAUUCUUUGAGGGCUUCAACCCGGUUGUGUACAAGUUGAUGCAGCGAGCAGAUAGACAUGAGAACAAGGACACCCAGAGAAUGAUUGAGAUGUGGAAAACAGAUUGCCGGCUCUGCCAAGAGCACGUAUGGCCCGAAGGUCAUCAUGCCUUCCGCUGCGACCUGCACGUUUUCUGUGCUGUUCGCAAUUUUAUCAUGGAUGCGACGAAGAAGUUGACUCCUGAACAGAAGCGCAUCCACGAGAUAAAUUGUCGUAUCACCAAUUCGGGGCAGAGUUCAGCCCCUUGGUCGCGGGAAAGCUACGAUGCCUGGAAACAAUGGACCACCGAGAGUUGCGAGGUGCAUGACAUCGAUUGUGACCACGUAAUGGUGAAGCUCCAUGACUCCACGGCACAGAUUGUUACGGAAGUUUUAGACUCUAAGACCAAAACGUGA